ACUUGGCCAAGUCUUUUUUCAUUGUCUUGUUGAACCGGCGGUUUCAUAUUUUCUUUCAACUCUCUUAUUUUCGUGCUGGUUCAGUAGUAAGCAAAACAACUAAACAAGCCAAGGCUGGUGCGGAUCGCAGAGACGUAUCAUAUUCAUACUUAUGGAUAGAAUGUGUGGUUUCCGUUCGACGGCAGACUACUCGGAGAAACCGGCGCUGAUGAUGAUACCGUCCGAUUACCAGCCUUUGCUCUGUUCAUCAGCCGGAGAUAAUCGUCAGUUUGUAUCCGACGAACUCGCUACCGCUUUGUCGUCUGAGAGACCUUCGACAGCUCCGCGUAUUCGAAAACCUGAGGAUAACUUCUCGCUCGGCUUGAUCAAAUCGAAGAUUGCUUGUCAUCCUUUGUAUCCUCGCUUGCUCCAAACCUAUAUCGAUUGCCAAAAGGUGGGAGCACCGAUGGAGAUAACGUGUAUUUUGGAAGAGAUUCAGAGAGAGAACGAUGUGUACAAGAAGCGAGAUGCUACUCUAAUGGCUUGCUUUGGAGAUGAUCCUGAUCUUGACGAAUUCAUGGAAACCUACUGUGAUAUUUUGGUUAAAUACAAAUCUGAUCUCGCGAGGCCGUUCGAUGAGGCUACUAAUUUUUUGAACAAGAUCGAAACGCAGCUUCAGAACCUGUGCAUUGGUCCCGUGUCAGUUACAGGACUUUCAGAUGAUGGAAUGGUCUCAUCUGACGAGGAACUAAGAGAAGAUGAUGAUAACGUAGAAGCACAUGAAAGCCAACAAAUAAGCAAUGACCGGGAUCUCAAGGACCAACUGCUGCGUAAGUUCGGUAGCCAUAUUAGUUCAUUGAAACUCGAGUUCUCUAAGAAGAAGAAGAAAGGAAAGCUACCAAGAGAAGCAAGACAAGCGUUGCUCGAUUGGUGGAGUGUUCAUUAUACAUGGCCUUACCCCACUGAAGGUGACAAAAUAGCUCUGGCUGAAGAAACGGGUUUGGAUCAAAAACAAAUCAACAAUUGGUUUAUAAACCAAAGGAAACGUCAUUGGAAGCCUUCGGAGAACAUGCCGUUAGCAAUGAUGGCCGAUUCUAGUGAAUUAUUAUUUACUGAGAAUGAAAAAGAGACAUGAGAAUUCACAUGUAGUACGUUGUAUGAUUUUACAAUUGAUUUCCCAAGGUAAAAAAACGAGUAAAAGGCUUUGGCAUUACAUGGGACGUCAUCGCCAAAAUGUAUAGGUUAUAUGUUUUCGUAUUAGAAAUAGUGGCAAUGUCAAAGACCCUCAUCCUCCAAUGGUCCAAAUUGAUAGCUUACUGAUUUCUUUGAACCUUAGAUAGAACUAAUAAUUUAUUUUCAUCAGGUUCUUGUCAUUGUUCACAACUAAAACUAGUUCGUGUUAUCGUAUGGUUAAUGUGUA